CGGCCGUUUAAAGGCGUCCGUCGUCACCAUGGUUACGGAGUGAAGCGUCCAGUUGAGCGUGGUGUAUCAUGGGAAAAAGAGUUGUUUGCGGAAUCGGUUGCAGCGUUUGUUGAAGAGACUUUUAAAAGCGACUUUUCUUCAAUUACACGAGCACAGUCAGGGAUGUCUGGACGGAGGUUGCCGAUCUGUCCUGCCUCUGCGUCCAAAGGCUUCAGCUCGACCCCGGUCAAAACAAGCCAGGGGCAAGACUUCCACACAUCCAAGGGCUUGGACGACGGCGUCCUAUCCGACGACGAAGACACAUUUUCUCUGCUGUCUCCCAUCUAUCAUGACAGUUUUGAUAGCGAUGAGGACCUGGAGCACAGCCCGGCUCAGCAGACUUCACCCAGGCCGAGCUGCAGCGUGUCACCAGUCCGUUGUGAGCUGCCGAGAACUCCUUCAGAGCAGAUGUUGAAUGCAGCUGUGCAGCCUGCAGGCUCCCCGACUCUCAGUGCAUGGGAACUGUGGCUGGUGAACAAAGCCAAAGAAGACCGACUCAAACUGGAAAAGAAAGCAGAAGAGGAGCGGUUACUGAAGGAAAAACAAGAACAACAAGAAAGGGAGCAGGAACAUAAAAAGAUUGUCGUGCAAGGGAAGAUCCAAGAAUGGCUAAAUAUGAAGAGAGAACAGGAAAAGCAUGAGCAACUUGUAAAGCAGAGCAAAGAGGAAGAGGAGAUACAGAGGCAGCGGGAGAAACAGAGGGAGAUUGAACAGAAAGCUCAGGAAAAGUACAAACACUGGCUGCAAAAGAAGAACCAAGAAAAAAUAGAGACAGAAAAGAAGGAAAAGGAGGAAGCCGCUCUGAAGGCGGAGCAGGAGAAGGAACGCCGCAGGAGGGCAGAAGAGAAGUUUAAGGAAUGGCUGGCAAAAGCUGAUGAAAAGAGCAGAGCUAGUCCCAGAUCACCAAACUACCCAACAAUUCCCUAUGAUAAAUCCUACCCAUCACCCAGCUUCUACAAUCCGAUCCCCUGGAAGCCAAUUCACGUCCCUCCUCCAGAACCGUCACAGAAUAAGACGUCUGCCAAGAAACCCCAGAAAAAUCGGAAAUGCCAGCAAAGCCCCAGCACCGCCUUUAGACUGAGAAACUCUGCGAGUGCAGGGCCGUUGCUGCACAGGAGAUGACACAGCAGACUGACGUCUAUGACUAUGAUAUGGUAGCUUAGCUACGGCUCAAAUAUGAUUUCACCACGACUCAUCCACACCACCACAGCAUCUGUACUGAGACUCUGCUGAAUCACAGGAGUAUUUCUGUUCUCUAAUAUGGCUGUGGUAAUUAAGACAUGCUACCAUAUCUGUAUUUUAAGUUGUUAUAUUUUGUUGUACACUGGAGUGAAUGUGUAAUAAUGCACUAUUAGCUCAGAUUAGAUUAUAUGUCAGGAUGUAUGUAUAUUUGAGUUUUGGAAUUUAGAAUAUUUAUAUGAUUUCCUCAAAGAUGUUUAUAAUUUGUCCUGAUGCUUAAGUCUGCUUCUGUGCCAUAAUAAUGUCAAGCUCAAGCGUUGGCUAGACAUAUAAAGGUCCAGUGUGUGAGAUUUAAAGGGCUCUGUUUGAAGAAUGUGGUAGAAAUGGAAUAUAAUCUAUGUUUUCAUUAGUGUGUAAUCGCCUGAAAAUAAGAACUGUUAUGUUUUUGUUACCUUAGAAUGAGACUUUUAUAGCUACAGGUCCAAGCUACAUGGUCCACCAUGUUGAACCAGCAUGUUUUUACAGUAGCCCAGAAUGGAUAAACUAAAGUCUGGUUUUAGAUUAAGAAAGGGUGAGAUGAUACAUUUGCAAUCAGCAACUAAACCACUAGAUGCCACUAAAUCCUACAAACUGGUCCUUGAAAAGCCUGGAGACUAUGUUGUAUCAUCCUGGAAUCUAUCUGGAUAAAGGCGGCAUCAUCUGAGCUCC